AUGGCUACAUGCAAAGUUGUUAGUGUUUUCCUCUUUCUGUUACUGGCUUUAGGCAUUUGUUCUGCAACUAGAGCCUUACUUGAAAAUGUUUUUGGAGGUUAUGGUGAAGUUGUAGGGGAGCAUGGCGUUGUUGGCUAUGGAAGUGGUGGUGGUGGUGGUAGUGGAGUGGGCUAUGGAGCUGUUGGGGGACAUGGCAGAGGAUAUGGUGGUGGUGGAGCUAGUUAUGGUGCAGGAGGGGCUGGACAUGGAAGUGGUGGUGGUGAAGGAGGAGGUGCUGGAUAUGAAGCUGGUGGUGAACAUGGAGCAGGAUAUGGUGGUGGUUAUGGUGCCAGAGGAGAGCAUGGGGCUAGCUAUGGAGGGGGAGUUCGUGGCGGGAGCAGUGGCCGCCGUGGUGCAGGCUAUGAUGCUAGUGGAGCACAUGUUGCUGGUUCUGGCAAUCAUGGAGGAGGCGAUAGAGGUUUAGAUAAAGGCGCUGACUGCAAUACUGAUAAAGGUUGUAUUGGUCCUGUAAAUGGUGACAGAUAUGGUACUAAAGUUGAACAUGGCUGCGGUGAUGGUGGUUGUCAUGGUAGUAAUAAUAGUGGCAGCUAUGGUUCCGAAGGGGAACAUGGAGCAAGAUAUGGAGGAGGUGGUGGGAGUGGCGAAGGUGGCUAUAUCCCUUGA